AUGUCGAAAUCUUUCUCCAUCUUAGGUAAAAACCUCAAAGCCAAUACCAAGGCGGACCUCGAACCGUUCUUAUCUGAAUUAGAGGCGAUGGACGAUGUUGAAGAAGUUCAUUUCGGCGCUAACUCUCUAGGUGUAGAAGCUUGUGAAGCGAUUGCCGAGGUUCUGAAGACGAAGAAGAAUCUGAAGCUAGUAGAUUUGGCAGAUAUAUUCACAGGUCGACUAAUCUCUGAAAUACCUCAAGCACUUUCGGCGCUUUGUAACGCCUUGUCAACAUCUGAAUCACUCAUCGAACUUGAUUUAUCUGAUAAUGCAUUCGGUGGAAGAUGUGCAGAUGCAAUGGUGCCAUUCUUAGAAACAAACACACAUUUCCAGAUAUUCAAAUUGAACAAUAACGGACUAGGUCCAAUCGGAGGGUCGAUCAUAGCUAAAGCGUUAUUGAGAAAUGGUGAAAAAUGUGUAUCAGAAAACAAAGAAUCUCAAUUAAAAGUCAUAGUCUGUGGUAGAAAUAGAUUGGAAAAUGGUUCAUCAAAAGAUUGGUCUCUCGCUUUUGAAAAACAUCAAAACCUGAAAGAGAUCAAAUUACCUCAAAAUGGAAUAAGGAUGGAAGGCAUAACCAAUCUAGUGAACGGUCUAUCAAAUUGUAAAGAAUUAGAAUUAUUAGAUUUACAAGAUAACACAGCUACUAAAAUAGGUACAAGAGCCAUCGUUAAGCAAUUAACAUCAUGGCCAAAUUUGAAAUAUCUUAAUCUAUCAGAUUGUUUAUUGGGCACUUCAGGUGGUAUUGCUCUUAUGACAAGUUUGAAUAAUGGUUCAAAUCCUAAAUUGAUUUCAUUAAAAUUACAAUACGGUGAAAUGGAUAAAAAAUCAAUUGAACUUUUAACGACCGCGAUCACUCAACAUCUAAAAGAUUUAACGGAUUUGGAAUUGAAUGGAAAUCGAUUUAGUGAAGAUGAUGAUUGUGUUGAAGAAUUGAAAAAGGCUUUAGCUAAUUGGGGACAUGAAGAUGCUCUGGACGAACUUGACGAUAUGGAAGAACCUGAAUCAGAUGACGAAGAAGAUGAAUCUGAUGAAGAAGCUGAAGCAGAUAACUCCGAAGACGAAAAAGCAGAAGCAGAAGAUGACGGUGUUGAUGCAGGUGCUGAUGGCGCAAAGGCUCUACCUGCUGUCACCGAUAAGCAAACCGACGACCUCGCUGAUAUGCUCGCUGGAGCCCACAUUGAAGCUAAGUAA